GGGCCUUUGAAAGCGAUUUUCCCGCUCCGCUGAGUCAAAGAUGGCGGCGCCCAUGUGAAAAUUCUCUGCGCAGUUUUUAUUUUGCUGAAUUAACCACAACAGCCAACUAUCCGCUCUUGUGUGAAGCAACAGGAGCCACGUAAGGUAUUUUUGUUUCGUAUUUUUCUCCAGAAGAGUGCAUAGAUCCUGAAUAAUUCUGAAGGACUGAGUAGGAACUUGUUGAGAACAAAGCCAAGAUGCCGUACGCCAACCAGCCGCAGGUCCACCUGACCGAACUGAGCGAUGAAAAUGUCAAAUUCGUGAUCGAAGACACCGACUUGUCCAUGGCCAACGCCGUAAGGAGGAUCUUCAUCGCCGAGGUGCCGACUCUAGCCAUCGACUGGGUCCAGCUGGAGGCAAACUCGUCGGUUCUCCAUGACGAGUUCAUAGCCCAUCGAGUGGGUCUCAUACCGCUGACCAGCGAUGACAUCGUGGACAGGAUGCAGUACUCCCGCGACUGCACCUGCGCCGAGUUCUGCGCCGACUGCGCCAUCGAGCUGACGCUGGACGUCAAGUGCACGGACGACCAGACCCGCCACGUGACCACGCGUGACCUCAUCUCCAGUAACCCCCGCGUGGUGCCCGUGACGUCACGAAGAGCAGAGGACGAGACAGCGGGAUACGGCGAAGCCGACGACAUCCUCAUCGUGAAGCUUCGCAAGGGCCAGGAGCUGAAACUGCGAGCCUUCGCCAAGAAGGGGUUCGCCAAGGAGCACGCCAAGUGGAACCCCACCGCGGGUGUCGCGUUCGAGUACGAUCCUGACAACGCUCUUCGGCACACCCUCUAUCCGAAGCCGGAGGAGUGGCCAAAGAGCGAGUACACAGAGCUAGACGACGAGACAGCGCAGGCACAGUUCAACCCAGACGGCAAGCCCAACAAGUACUACAUCAACGUUGAGUCCACGGGGGCGCUGCGGCCAGAGAACAUCGUUAUGACGGGACUGAGUAUUCUGAAGAAGAAACUGAGUGACUUACAGACGCAGCAUAGUCACGAGAUUCAGAGUGAUGUCCUGACCAUCAGCUAGACUUUUGAACUUCCUGAUAUGACAGUUAUGAUGACUAUAUUUUUGCAAGAUUGAAGAUUUUGUUGUUCUCUUUAUUUUGUCAGGUUCCCUUAGAGUUAGACUGCCACAUGAAUGAGACCUCAAGAGUGUCACCUGGAUAUCUGCAGAGUGCGUAGCUGCAAAUUAGUUACAGCAAAUUCACUGGUUUAUUUUUUCUAAUGUGGCAGUCCCUCGGGCACUGGUCAGAAUUUUCAGUUACUAUCCAAGUAGAGGUUAGGCUUUCUUAGUUUCUAGAAAGAAAAUCUGAUAAACCAGCCCCCACCCAAAAGUAAAGGAAUGUCAUCAAAAGGAGGUCACAAGUCACAACCCAGCCAGAGCCAAACUUCUGCUUAGACAGUGUAUGCGUAGGUGACCCAUGCUGGCUUUUUCACAUUCCCUGACUUCAGGUCAUGUACGUCUUGUUGGUUAAGGGGUAAAAUUAUCAGGACUGAAUGCCAUAACAGAUAAGUUUUGUCAUUUCUAUGACUCUAAGAAAUGGUGUGAUAUCUGAUAUCACACCAUUAUUCCAUCCUCUGGGGAGGACCCUGUAUCAAUUAUAAAUGGCACGUCUCCAAUGCAACGUCCCAUAGCAAAUACAAGGUUGUUUUUUUUCAGAAGUGGAAGAUGUAUAUGGAAUAUUAUUAUAGUGAAAAAAAAGGCACAAGUUGGAUUUGUGAAAAGCACCAUGAUUUGGUGAACAGAAUGAAAGAGUAUGUAUUAUUGUAACAAGUUGGCUUAGCUUGAAAUGUCUGGUCUAGAAAACAUACUUUUCUGCUUAACUAGAUAAAUAUUGUGUAAUUUGUGACUUUUAAAGUUAAAAAAAAAGUAACUUUCCGUUUUUUGUUGUUUCAGCAGCAACUUUACUAUAUGUUAGUCUGACAGAAAAACUUGAACAUGUAUUAUAUUCUUGGCGACCCUCUUGAAAAUUAUAAUAAAAUGGCAUAUUGA